AUGCAAGAAUUCGACAUAGAAAUCCGAGAUAAGAAAGGUACGAAGAAUGUUGUGGCGGACCACCUUUCGAGAUUUAAAAUUCCGGAGCCGAUUCCUUUUGGUGAGGAGAUUAGCGAGUGUUUUCCGGAUGAAACACUCAUGAUGAUUCGGGAAGUAGAAACACCAUGGUAUCCCGACUUCGCAAAUUACCUCUCAUUGGGAGUCAUGCCUCCGGACUUAACAUCUCAUCAAAGAAAGAAGUUCUUAUCCGAUGUUAAAAGAACCGCCGCUAGAGUGCUUGAGAGCGGGUUCUUUUUGCCAACUUUAUUUCGCGAUGCCAAAGAGUUUGUUGACCAUUGUGACCGGUGUCAACGUGUGGGCAACAUUUCAAAGCGAGACGAGAUGCCUUUGACCUCGGUUCAAGAAGUGGAGAUAUUUGACGUAUGGGGAAUAGACUUCAUGGGGCCUUUUCCGAUGUCAUUCAAAAACCAAUACAUUUUGGUAUGUGUGGAUUAUGUUUCAAAAUGGGUGGAAGCGGAGCAUUUGCCUACUAACGAUGCUAAAGUGGUGUUGAGUUUUCUCAAGCGGUUAGUGAAUCGGUUUGGGACCCGUAGGGUGAUCAUUAGUGACGGUGGCUCGCAUUUUUGCAACCGGCAAUUUCAAGCUCUUAUGAGGAAGUACAAUGUGCAUCACCGGGUCGCUACACCGUAUUAUCCCCAAACUAGUGGUCAAUUGGAUGACGCAUUGUGGGCGUAUAGGACGGCCUACAAGACUCCACUCGGUAUGUCACCAUUCCGUAUUGUUUAUGGGAAGGCAUGUCAUCUUCCUUUAGAACUCGAGCAUAGAGCGUAUUGGGCUAUUAAAAAGUUGAACUUUUAUUUCAAGACGGCGGGGAAGAAGAGAUUGCUUCAAUUGAAUGAGUUGGAUGAGUUCCGAUUCAUGGCAUAUGAAAACGCCAAGCUUUACAAAGAAAAGACGAAGCGAUGA